AUGUCGAUGCCUGAGUUGACAGUUCAAUGCAUUGCGCCUGCUGCCAUUGGAAAUGGGGUACGCGCGAUCCGGCGUGUUGUGGUUCAUGCAAGUAUUUUGAAAGCCUCACAACUGUGCUCUGGCGAUGUGGUCGCCUUAUCAGAGGUCGAUGAUAGAAGAACCAAAAAGCAGUAUUUUGCAAUCGGGACAUUGUGGCCUUCUCUAGAUAUUCCACAAGACGCCAUUUGGAUUUCAUCCUCGCUUUUUCUUACGGCGCGCCUCAAGGAAGGCGCAACGGUACAAUUAUUUAACGUGUCCGAUCAAGUCGGUGGCAGAUCCCCUCCCGGCUUACCAACUAUGCGAGACAUAGAAGAGGCUGGCACCAUUUGUCUGAGAGAAAUUUCCAUCAGAACACCAACAAUGCAAAAUAUGGUCAAUUCGCAAGACAAAGGAAAGCGUAGAGAUUGGCUCACUCUGCUACUGCGAGAAUACCUCAUUAAUCUCAAAUAUAUUCUUUCUACUCAGAUUAUCGAAGUCCCAUAUCAGGGCGAAAUUCGAAUGUUCUCCAUUAAUUCUGUGUCAGGCCACCGCUCGGCAUCAACUGGUUCCGUGAAUACCAUAACACGCGACCUUAACUCGUUUGCAAUUCAGGACAGGCCCUUACUUUGGACGACAGGGUGGGACACGAUUGUUUCCAUCCUGGAAGAUGCGGCCGAUAAUGAUAUCAGCCUCACGCAAAAGUCUGACGUCGAAACACUACCUCACACAUCAAUCUCUGAUGCAUACGCGGCUGUCGGAGGACUUGACAAGACGAUUACUCAGAUACGGGAUCUUCUCGAGAUACCGCUCACCAGGCCAGAGCUCUUUGGAUAUUUCGGUCUUAAACCUCCACGGGGCAUAUUGUUGCAUGGUCCGCCUGGUACAGGAAAGACACACCUUGCACGUGCUAUCGCAUCAUCCACUAACUCAUCGGUGCUUGUCAUCAACGGCCCUGAGCUUUCUUCAGCCUAUCACGGAGAAACAGAGUCAAAACUCCGGGACGUAUUUAAGGAAGCCCGAGCCAAGAGUCCAUGUAUCGUCAUCUUGGAUGAGGUUGAUGCUCUUGUCCCAAGACGAGAAGAGGGCGCAGGUGGCGAGGUUGAAAAACGUGUGGUGGCGACACUUUUGACCAUUCUGGAUGGCAUUGACAAUACGAGCACGACUUUUCACGACAGGGUCGUUGUUAUCGGGACAACCAAUCGGCCGAAUGCCAUCGACCCGGCGUUACGAAGACCUGGGAGAUUUGAUCGAGAAUUCGAGAUAGGCAUACCGGACGCAAACGCCCGUUAUUCCAUUCUGAACGUUCUCCUCUCCAAAACUCCUCAUUGUAUAACGGACGCAGAACUCCAUUCUAUCGCCCGCCGCGCUCAUGGAUAUGUUGGUGCUGACCUCAGUGCUGUAGUUCGAGAGGCUGGGACCCUUGCCAUUAAACGAUGGAUGUCACACAUUCCACCGGGUUCCCAUGUUGACCCGGCAGCUACAACAAUGACCCUGAAAUUGACGCCAACGGACCUUUCAGAUGCGCUUCCUACUGUGCGGCCGUCCGCAAUGCGCUCUCUAUUUAUCGAGACACCUCCCGUUCGGUUUGAAGAUAUAGGCGGGCAAGCGCACAUCAUACAAAAACUUCGAGAAGCAGUCGAGUGGCCAUUAUUACACCCAGAGACUUUCCACCGACUGGGUGUCCGACCACCAAAGGGCCUCCUAUUGUACGGACCUCCAGGGUGUAGUAAAACCAUUCUGGCUCGAGCUUGUGCAACGGAAAGUGGUGUUAACUUUGUUGCUGUAAAAGGACCUGAGCUUCUGAACAAAUAUGUGGGAGAGUCGGAAAGAGCUGUGCGAGAUAUAUUCGGCAAAGCCAGAGCUGCGUCACCGUCAAUAAUCUUUUUCGAUGAAAUUGAUGCCCUUGGAACAUCGCGCUCCUCAGAUUCAGAUACUGGAACCGCACAUGAGGGUGUUCUGACCAGCCUCCUGAACGAAAUGGAUGGUGUCCAGGAGCUUGUGGGCGUCACUAUCAUUGCAGCCACAAAUCGCCCCGACAUCAUUGACUCGGCUUUGAUGCGUCCAGGAAGACUGGAUCGCAUUCUAUACGUUGGACCUCCGGACCACGCUGGACGCGAAGAGAUCUUGAAGAUCAGGACAAGGACGAUGAGUGUCGAAUCUGACUUGGAUCUUCAUGCAAUAGCGGCCAUGACCGACGGCUGCAGCGGCGCAGAGAUUAGCUCGCUGUGCCAGGAAGCUGCUCUAUUGACCAUGCAAAAGGAUAUCAAUGCCCUAUCUAUCCCUCAAAGCGCCUUUGUCGCAGCCGCAGGUGCGAUACAAAGGCAAAUCACACCAGAUGUGAUCAAAAAAUAUGAGCAAUGGAGAGACCAAAGCGGAUCAAGGAGUGUUUGA